ACUACCAUCAUCACUGCUUGACAGGGAGAGAAGCAGCAUGACACUCAAGGAGGAGUUGAAGAGCCGUCGAUUCUGGCGCGCGGUCCUGGCUGAGACCCUCGGCUCUCUGAUCUUCGUGAUGGCAGCUCUGGGCUCCUCGCUGCCCAGUCCAGGGCAGGGCUGCUCGGUUCCCCUGGUCCAGCCUGCUCUGGCGGUCGGGUUCACAGUGGUGGGGCUGGGUCACUGCUUCGGGGAGAUCAGUGGAGCCCAGAUGAACCCUGCAGUCACCCUGGCCUUCCUCGCCACCCGCAAACUGGACAUUCUCCGAACAAUCUGCUACAUCCUGGGCCAGUGUGUGGGAGCCACGCUGGGGGCUGGAAUCCUAUACCUCACCAUGCCUGUGAAGUCUGCAGCGGAGUGCUAUGUGAACAAGGUGAACUCAGAGGGCAAUGCCGGCCAGGCUAUGGGGAUGGAAGUCCUUGUCACCUUCCAGCUGGUCUUCACCAUCUUCUCUGUGGAGGAUCACCGGAGGAGGGAGACGGGUGAGCCAGGGAACCUGGCCAUUGGAUUGUCAGUGAGCGCUGGCGUGCUCACAGCGGGUCGUUUCUCCGGAGGCAGCAUGAAUCCCGCUCGGUCCCUGGGCCCUGCGAUAAUCACUGGGAUCUGGGAACAUCACUGGGUGUACUGGAUCGGUCCCAUGCUGGGUGCAGUCCUGGCUGGACUCUCUUAUGAGUUCUUCUUUGCAGCCAGUGCCUCUCGCCAGAAGCUGAUCGCCUGCCUCACGUGUAAAGACAUCGAGAUCAUGGAGACAGCUAGCGCGUCACGGUCCUCACUGUCCACCGUCACACAGUCCGCCAUGCGGGCCAAACACACCAACAAGAAUGACCACAACUGACCAGGGACUGACCAAAGCAACCAACAGCACGUCUGACCCAGUGACUGACCAUCGUUACAACCUAAACUUACUAGCAACCAAGCACUGAUGAGCACCAGCAACUGUUCAGUCAUUGAAUAAUAAUAAGAUAUCCAGCUGGUUUCACAAACCCCGAUAAGUACGAAUCAUGGACAAUCCAAUAUUACUUUAGGUGCUGCUAAUCAGCUGAUCAAGUCAUACGUCUGCAAAUUUAGUUAUGUUAAGAUUCACAUGUUAGUCUCCCAGGGUCUCCCCUAGUAAAGGCAUGACCACUUGGUGUGCAGGGUGAGUCACACAGUCAGGGGAGUGCAGGUUCCUGGCUGUGUGGAGUCACUGGUCUUCGCUGGUGAUUCCAGAGGGAGCAUCUCAUUGGCUCUGGUGCUCUCGUGGGUUCGGGAGGCAAAACCGGCAGAGACUGUUUCUCCUCGUCGAGCUACAGUGGACUCUACCCUCCAGGCGCCCAGGGAUCCCAGGGGACUCUGCAGGGCUGGGCUUUGUCCUCCAAAGGCUGGCAGCUCGCUGACAGCCGCUCUCGAGUUCCUGGGUGAAAAAGGAAGCUGGCUCGGUCGUGGGAUCGGAGGAAGCCCGCUGAAUCUUCAGUUCUGCUGAGCUGCAUGGGGAACAGCAGUGGUAAGGGAACAUAAUUGGACAUUCUAAAUUAGGGAGAAAAUGAGGGGUAAAAUAAAUGUGCACUCAGGAAAUGGAGGCUGGAACAUGCAUGGUGAACUGUGGAUUCCCCUGCCAACCUAAGCCCUCCCUACCUGGGUGGCACUUGGUUAAUUGUGGAACCCCCAGUCAUGGUUGGCAAUGACAAGGCUGGAUUUGAACCUGCAAUCUCUAGGCUAUAGGGCUAUCCUGCACUCCAUGUGGAGCACUUUUACUGGACGUGCCACACAAGAGCCCAGCCAUUGAAAUCAAGGAUGUUGUAAAACACAGAUCAGAGACCUCUAAUAACAGAUUGUGUUCAAUAUAUUUGAACUUUGUUAAAAUACAACAAUCCUCUACAGAUAAAAACAGAUGAAAACAUUAUUUUAAUUUAGGUAAAAUUUAGCCGGUGUUUAAAGACGUGUAUGUAAAAACCCUUCACAGGAAUCCACAAUAUAGCACGGAAAUUCUCCUUGCGACAUUUGAUAGAGAAUGCCCCUCAUGUGAUUUGCCUGGGCGGAAUUAGCCCCUCAACUAAGUGAUCUAUGAUUGUAACCAGCAUAUAGUCUGACCAGUUACUGACCAACCCCUGACCAGAGAAUGACCAGCAGCAACCAGCAACAUAGUGUGCCUUUUGUUUCAUGAGAUUUGUAUAUAGCCCAUAGUGCCUCUAGGUGGCCUAAUCAUGUAACUGUCUUGGAAUGGGAGUUUUUGAGAGUGCCACCAGGUGGUGGGAAAUUGUAAAGUGCAUUAAGCAUCCUACACAGUAAGAUUUCAUUUUUGUUAGUUCUGUACACUGUAAAAAAAAAAGAAAAAAAGAAAAAAAAAAACUUCGGUUAAAAUAAGUUGAUCACGAAAUAAAUGCUUAGUUUUAUUUAAUUAAUACAAUAUUGACUAAUAUUACAAGUUUUAUUUUUGCAAUUUAAGUAUACAAUGAAAGUAUAUUUAAACCUGCAUUUAUAAUGGAAUUCAGACUUCCCUGGGAUCAAACUCUGAACCUGCUUGGCAUCCUCAUUUGUAGCAGUGCCAUUCACAGUCCUUCUGACAUUGCAUUUGAAUGAAUGCAAGAUUCCAAAAUGAGAGCCAGUAAAAUAAAUCAAUAAAGAUGCAGCUUUCAAUACGAAAACAUUAUUAAUGCUAGAACUCUAAACACUUCUAAAACCCUAAACACCUCUUUGGUGUUCCGGGUUCACACUGGAUAGGUGUUGUACUGUAUUGUCCGCAGGGCAAUGCUCCCAGGAGGUUCACACUAGAUAUGCAUUGUUCACAGGGCAAUGCUCACAGGAUGCAUACUCAGAGGAAUAGACCAUUUCAGGCCCAAGCAAAUUAUACACUAAUCUAAAUUCACUGCAGCCCUCUAAUGGACCGCAUAUCCUGUUUGAAUACCCUGUGACCUCAAAGCAGACACCUGCUGGGUUGAACUUUGUCCUCCAGGGGGCGGUAGCUCACCUCCGCUGUGGAACUCCUGGGGGUGAAGAGCUGAUUGGCUCGGGGAUCGGAGGACGCCCACUGGUUCAGUUCUCCUGAGCUGUGUGGGGAUUUGCUGUGGUGAGGAAUGGGUUACUGGCGAAAAACAAGGACACAUUAAACUGAAAAAAAUCAAAAUAUCUGUUGUACGUUCUAAGACAAGAAAUGUACUAAAGCUACUAUUUUAAAUUGUUUUAUUAGCUUUCAAAUGUAUAAUAAUACCUCCUUCAGAAAGCAAUGAAGAAACAGCUCUAAAAUGAGGCUUCAGUGCACUCAUGCAUAGUCACAGAAUGCAUUUCAAUGUUUUAUUAUGGUAUGUGUUUUUAUCCCAAUGCAAAGUUAAUGACUCAAUACCUUCUAUUCUGUAAGAGGUGAAGUGCCAAAGUUCUGAGGCAAUGCCACAUAACUGGCAUAUCAAAAGUAUUACUUGUGCUUUGUGUGGAUUGUAUGAGCUAGUGUUUAAGUUUUUUAAUUCUAAUGUGUCAUUUGAACCUUUAGUUUUCUAUAAAUGUAUGUGUACCAGAGAACUGAAUGCAAGAAUGACUUUAUAGUGGUACAGUGUACACAGGUAUCAGAACACCCCAUUGCAUCUCUAUCAGAACACCCCAUUGCUUCUGUAUUAGAGCACCCCAUUGCUU